AGAGGAAUUGGCAACACUGGAUGUCUAGUUACACUCUGUCUUGGUCUACUCGUUUUAUUCAUAGGUUACCCUGUGAUCACCUUCUACGGCAAGACAGUCUUAUCGACAAAUAAUCUGGGAUCGUUUAAUGCCAGUGGUCAGGUACCACAAAUGACUGGCAACCAUGGUCUCAUCGAUCUUGAUACCCCAAAAUCAGCGUAUACGAAAUUGUCUUGGGAGGACGGCACGACGGAGAUGCAACUGGUUUUCUCAGACGAAUUUAACACAGAAGGAAGAUCGUUCUAUCCCGGUGAUGAUCCUUACUGGGAAGCAGUUGACCUUCAUUAUUGGGGAACGGGUGAUUUAGAGUGGUAUGAUCCUGAAGCGGUCACAACGGCAAAUGGGUCUCUCGUAAUUACCAUAUCGCAGAAGCAAACACAUGGCUUAAACUACGAAGGCGGAAUGCUAUCGACCUGGAAUAAAUUUUGUUUCACGGGAGGCUUGAUUGAAGCAUCGGUUCAGCUGCCAGGGGCAAACAAUGUCCUCGGAUUUUGGCCCGCUAUAUGGACAAUGGGUAAUCUGGGCCGCGUUGGUUAUGGCGCCUCUCUGGAAGGGCUGGCAAUGUGGCCUUACACGUACGAUUCAUGCGAUGUCGGUACAGUUGCCAAUCAAACUGUCAAUGGUAUCCCAGUUGCAGCUACCGUCAACGGAGAUAAAGGGGAUGGUGUCCCCCUAUCGUAUCUCCCCGGUCAACGUCUAUCACGCUGCACUUGUCCAGGAGAAAGCCAUCCUGGUCCAAAACAUAGUGACGGAACAUUCGUUGGUCGCUCAGCCCCAGAAAUCGACAUCUUCGAGGCACAAAUUCAGCGAAGCCCAAUCAUCCCCGAGGUUUCGCAAUCGGCACAAUGGGCUCCUUUCGAUGCACGAUAUGCAUGGUUCAAUACUUCGGAUAACAUGAUAAUUACCAAUCCCAGCAUCUCGAAACAGAACCCGUUUAUUGGUAGUUUCCUACAGCAGGCAAGUUCUGUUGUCACGAAGACUGAUUCUCGCUGCUACGAAUUAGCGGAGGGAUGCUACUCUUUGUAUGGUUUCGAGGUUAGAUUUGAUGACGGCUAUAUUACGUGGAUAGCGAAUAAUAACACUGCCUGGACGCUCAAAAGUCCCGGAUUGGGCCCCGAUCCAAUUGUUGAAAUCUCCCAAAGGCCAGUAGCACAAGAACCAAUGUACAUCAUCGCAAACCUGGGCAUGUCAAGAGGGUUUUCAUACGUGGACCUCGCACACCUGACAUUCCCUUCCCGAAUGAUGAUCGAUUAUAUCCGAGUUUAUCAACCCAAAACAUCCCUCAACAUCGGAUGUAGCCCCAAAGAUUUCCCGACCGAAAACUAUAUAACCUCGUAUAUUGAAGCAUAUACGAACCCCAAUUUGACCACUUGGGUUGAUGAUUACCAACAAGAAUGGCCAAAGAAUUCUUUUCUAGGACAGUGCUAA